AUGAAGGUUUCUCCGAAGAAGACACCUGAAGAUGCCAAAGACAGGACUCAUCAGCAGCAACAUCGUGCAUGUCAGGAUGCAUCUGACGAAGAAUCUGUGGAGAUCAUCGAAGAGGAGGAAGAGGAAUCGGAGUUUGAAGACUAUAUGGAAGUGCUUCCUGAAGAAGAACCCGUGGCCUCAAGCUCUGCUGCAGCUGAUGAACCUGAGCCAAUGGAACUGGAGAUUCCAAACCUCUUUUCCGACUCAAACAUGGACAAGAAGGGGGCGCUUCAGGAUCGAAAGCCAGGUUUACCUGUUCCACCUAAGCCUGAGCCAUCCCUGAUGAGAUUGGCUUCUACAGCUGCCUUGGACCUUGCCAGUUCUCAGGAACGUGGAACGCAGAAUGCCGAAGAUGUCCUACAGGCUGCUUAUAUUGAUGGUUGUGUUCUUUAUGUAUCAUUCACUGCAUCUAAUGAGCAUAUUAGAUUAGAGCAUAUGAAUUGA